AUGGCCCGCCGCAAGGUCCCCAUGAGGCUCAUCGAGAAGGCGCGGGCGCGCGCCGAGACGCACGCCAGGAGGACCAAGGGGCUGCAGAAGAAGGCGUCGGAGCUCGCCACGCUCUGCGCGGUCCCGGUCGCGCUCGUCUGCUCCGCCGGCAAGGGUGCUCCGCCGCUCGUGUGGGAGUCGGAGGAGGGAGUGCUCGAGAGGUACCGGCGCGCCGUCCCGGCCGAGACCCGCGCGCGGCACACGCACCGGAGCUACAUGGAGACGGAGCUGGGCAAGGAGAGGGCCAAGCUCGCCCGGGUGCGGCACGGCUGCCCCGGCGCGCUCGCGGACUGGGACGCCGCGCUCAACGACAUGACGCUGGAGGAGGCGCGGGGGCUGCUCGAGACCAUCGACGCGGCGCUGCGGGCCACGGGAGACAGGAUGGAGGCGCUGGGCAUACCUGCCGACGGCGGCCACGACCGGCUCGAGGGUUCUUCCCACGACGCCCUCAUGCCGCAGCAGCGCGGGUACGGUGUCGGCAACCCCGUGGACAUGGACGCCGCCGGCUUCCAGCAGCUGCAGAUGGUGCCGUUCCACGCUGGGAACAACGACGGCCUACUCGAGCAAUUCUCAUUGGACGAUCCCUUCGAGACGCAGCCAGGGUGCCGCGGCUUCCAAUGCGUCGGCGGCAACUACUCGGGCGGCGGCGACGCGAUGCUCUCGCCAGGCCUUGCCAAUGCCGACUACAACUACUCGGGUGGCGGCGACGAGAUGCUCACGCUAGGCCUCGCCAAUGCUGACUACAACUACUCAGCCAGCGGCGACAAGAUGCUCGCGCCGGGAUUCGCCAAUGCUGACUACAACUACUCGGCCGGCGGCGACAAGAUGCUCGCGCGGGGCAUCGCCAAUGCUGACUACAACUACUCGGCUGGCGGCGACAAGAUGCUCGCGCAGGGCUUCGCCAAUGCUGACUACAACUACUCGGGCAGCGGCGACGAGAUGCUCGCGCCUGGCUUUGGCAAUGCUGACUACGACUGGACUGAUCUGACCAUGUGGGCCACCGACGAGUUGUGCGAUGCAAUCAUGCCACUUGGGUGCUACCCUGACUUCGCGGACAGUACUCUGCCGGCCGAGUACUCCGCUCAGGUCAUCACCGGCGGGGACUACGUGAACACACCACCAUCUGGCGGGUAUGGGUACCCCAUGGACAUGGGCGUGGGCGACAACUUCAGUAAUCUCGACAGCAACUACAUGGCGCACUGGCAGUUCCAGCGCUUCGACACAAGCAGUCUGUUGUUAGGGGAAAUGCAGUCAUAA